CUAUUUUUAUACAUUCUUAAACUAACCACAAAGUGAUGUGAAUUGUUAUUAUUUAUUUCUCACACUAGGUAGGUACCAAGAAGCUGUCCAUGCAAAAAAAAAGUGCCUUCGUUGAAAAAUAAAAAUUUCAAUAGAAUAUUUUUGCUCAACAAUAAAAUUCAAUUUAUAUUGCACAAGAUAUGAGUUUCUUUUCCCUUCACACUAUUUGUGGGGAGAAAUUCAAAUUUUUCACUACAAUAUGUGACAGCAAUGGAUGCAAAGAUGAAGAAAAGGUGGAUAUCAUUUGCCCAUUGUGGAUGGAAACAUUUUUUUUUCGGUAGAAAAAAUAAAUUUAUGGACGAUCGCGAUCAUGGUUUUUUUUUCUGUGCGAGAUUAUCUAAUAGUUCAGAAACCCACUGAAAAAAUAUAAAUCUCAAUUGCCCAAAUCUCGCAAUUGGACUUUCAAAAACACCUUUAGAUGGUAAAACUAAUCUGCGAUUUAUAGUUUGUCCAACGGAGAUCACUUUAAACAGCAACUCAACAAAAAAAAUGAAAGACGGGCAGCUACUUGAAAUAUUUGCUAUCAUUUCACCUCUUCACACAUUUAUGCAACAAUUUAUCAUCAGAAAACCUUCAAUUCGAAUGUAUAGAAGCAAAAGAAAGGAAUUUAAAAGCCCGUCAUCAAUGAAUUAAUCAUAUAGAUAUUCCUAAAAUCGAGGAAGCUUUUCUUAAAAUAAAAGUUUCCUUUUAUAUUUCUUUGUCAUUAAAACUUUUUUUUCAGCAUCAAUCUUUCAAAGUAAACCUAGAAAAAUUGUUUCAAAGUACUAAAUUGCUAGUUGAAAUUUCAAAAAAAGAGAAUUGGUGUGUCACUUGGAAGCUGAUUGAUUGCAGUGGAAAAGCAUUUAUAAGAAAAGGAAUGUCGGCAUCACGAAAUAAGAUCACUUUGGCAACUGCAGUUGAUCAAUUGAGCAGCAGCAGCAGCAGCAACACCAAGAUAUCAGGGAAAGGGAGUGAAUACUUUUACGGCAAAACAAUUGGGAAGGGUGAAUAUGGGACUGUCGUGCUUGUUAAGAUGCUUACAAAACACCAAGGAAUGAUUGAUCUUGCGUGCAAGAUUGUUGAUCUCAAGAAAACACCCACCAACUAUUCCAACCAUUUCUUCACACGUGAACUAAAAAUACUUUCAGAAAUCAAUCACCCAAAUAUCAUUGAAACCUUGCGGAUUGUUAAUCGAAAUGAUCGCAUCUACAUUUUCAUGCAAUACGCCCAAAAUGGUGAUUUAUUGGAGUACAUACGGAAGAAUGGUGCCAUCAAUGAGGUACAAGCUAAACGAUGGUUCACACAAAUGUUGGAAGCCAUUGCCUACCUGCACAGUAUCAAUAUUGCCCAUCGUGAUCUCAAGUGUGAAAACAUCUUAAUUUCGCGCGCAAUGAAUGUGAAGAUCACGGACUUUGGUUUUGCACGCUACACAACAUCUCCAAAUUUCCUUUCAACAACCUAUUGCGGUUCAGCCGCCUACGCAGCACCUGAGGUCAUUACCAACACUCCAUAUGAUCCUAAAUUAUCCGAUGCAUGGUCACUUGGGGUAAUAUUUUUCAUCAUGAUAAAUGGAGUGAUGCCAUUUCGUGAUGAAAAUCUCCAUAAACUCCUUGCGGAGCAACGAAAGAAAAGCUAUAAAUUCACAAAAGAAAUCUCCAGUGGAAUGUCUAAUAAAACAAAGACAAUCAUUGAUAAUCUCCUUGAAGUAAAUCCCCAUAUCAGAUGGACUGUUAAUCAAACUCUUCAAUUUGAGAAAUUAUUUUAAUUACUA